AGAAAAUCCGAGGAGAGGGAAAAUCAGAGAGAGAGAGAGAGAUGGCGAAGGAGAGCUCGAGCAGCGACUUGCAGAGCAUACUAGAAGCUAUCAAAUCCUCGGAUGUUGUGGAGAGUCGUGUUCAACUAAUAAACAAGCUUCGGGACUUUGAAAUAUCAGAUCAAUCCAACCUGGCUUCCCUUAUGGAAUGCCUCACAGCAUUUUGGGAAGACUUCACUUGUUUGGAUGUAUCCCAGUGCGUGCUAAACAAAGCUAUUUUACAGUGUGCUGUAAAAUAUCUUGAAGUGGAUAUAUCUGGCUGUUUAUCACAAUUUCUUGCCCUUGGGACCAAGGCAAGCAUAUGGUGUGGAAAGCAUCUGAAGAUGACUCUUAUGUCAACUGAGGAAUCUCAAGAAGAGGAGCAUUGUGACACAUUUUUUCAGCUGCUUUUGGAUUUGUUUAGCUUCUCUGCUGCUACUGUUUUGGCAUUGGCAAGAUACCCUGUUUCGGAUGACAAACUGUUGAUAGAUAUUGUAGAGAAAUAUAUCUUGGAACAGUUAAAUUUAACAAAAGAUUCAAUAUCAGAGGUUAAGAGAAUUGGUUCACUCGGCACAGAAGUAGUAAAGGUUAUACAGGUUGUCAUAGAUGCUGUAAUAAGACUUUGCGGAGUGUAUUCUGAAGCUGUAAAUUGGAAGUUCUGUGACGCAAAUCCAGAGGAAGAGAAAAGCUGCAUUGACUUCGAAGCGGCCAGUAAUAUGAGCCACGUUAGUAACAUAACAAAAUGUGCAAUAGAAAAACUGUGUGAAUUGGGCAUCUUUGCAGCUAAUGAUGGUGGGAGGUUGGUUACCAUUCUUAAUGUCUCAUGGAAAGGCGUGGUUAACUUGCUUCAGCUUGGCAAGGGGGCUUUAGCAGUAAAGGUGAAUGUAGCAGAUAUCAUUCUGAAUCUUCUUUCACUGGUUAAUGAGUCUCUGAGAUGUGCCGCUAAAGCCUGGUCCUCUUCCCUGAAGGAAACUGUUUCUGUAACCGAAGCUAGAAGAACAUUCGUUCCAAUAAAAUUCUACCUGGUUAAUGCAGUAAAAAUAUCCUCUCUAUAUCCAAGCCAAGCAUAUCUGGUAUACAGGGAGAUAACACACUGCAUCCUGAUAAUCUCAACCUUAAAAAUUUCAAUGAGUAACGAAGAACUUAUGAAAACUGCCAGUGAAGUAAUGACAGAGCUUUUGGAGCAAAUAUCCAUGGAUUUUCUUAAGUCUUUGCUAAAUUCAGUUCAAGUGAAACUGGAGCUGAAGUUGAGAAUUCUGGACUGGUUGUUCACCGAUGAAAGCUACUCAAAUUCUGACAAUGGAGGUUUAAGUAAUAAUUGUGUACUAACUCCAAUUUGCCAAAUUGUUUUGGUAGGUUGUGAAGACAUGCCUGGAGCAAGAAUAUUGUUGCUCGGUCGGGUUGCAUUGUUUCUUAAUCUGCUAAAAUAUUCUCUGGAUCUUGAUGAAGAUGUAAAACUUGGAAUGACUGGCAAGCUUGGAUGGUUUUUGGACAUAUUAGUUGAUGAAGAAGUAUAUUCUUCCAUUCUUGUCAUGCAAAUUCCUGAAUUAUAUGGUUCUGGAAAAACUGUUGAAAUAGAUUGGCAGCCUAUGUUUUCUUCGGUUUUGCAUGCACUGGAAACCUUCAUGAUUGUGCUCUCUUCAAGUCUUGCUUGGAGGGAACUCGAGUCUUUCCUGCUUGAGAAUUUCUUUCAUCCUCACUUUCUUUGCUGGGAGAUUGUAACUGAGCUUUGGUGUUUUAUGGUGCGUCAUGCUGAGAUAAGUGUGGUGAAUGGCAUUAUUGAUCAACUUUGCUCAUUAUUGAAGUUGGUGGCAUUUUCAGAAUCAGUUUUUAUUCCUGGUUCUGCUAUGAGAAAAAUGGCAAGAUCCAUUAGCAGGAUUCUUGCUUAUGGUACACAAUCUAUGGUUGACCAUGUUUACAGGUCCAUUGUCGAUGACAACAGAUCUCAAUUAUCAUCACUUAUGUGUGUAGCCUUGCUCAUGGAAGGCUUUCCGCUGAAUUUGCUAUCAGAGAGAAUGAGAAGUAUUGCUACUCAGAGAAUCUGUACUGAGUACUUUGGCUUCUUAGAGAGUUUUGAUGACAAAUUGAUGAGAGUUUGUAGUUCUGGUUUAUAUGGCGUUCCAGUCUUUACUCUGUCUGCCUCCUUGCAAUCUGUUCAGGUCAGCAUGCCUGAUAUUGAUGCGAAGACCCUGAAGUUUCUAGUUACUAUUAGUCAGAACUACAGAAAUUCGGUGGACCAACUAACAAAAGAACAUUACCGUAAGCUUUUGAGUGAAACAUUAGGAAUCAUCUCAAGUAUGAAGCACCUAUAUGCAGCAGAUGAGAUGGAAGAAGUCAUAUUGGAGCUUGAAAACCUAUUUAUCUCAGGGCCAGCAGCCUCAGAUUCUCAAUUGUAUGGAUGCAAACCAAAUCUGGCUCUUUUCAUGGCAGGACUUGGUCACAUGGAAAUUACAGAAAGUGAUAAAAGUGCAAAGUGUUGUGCUGUCUGGGAAUUGUAUCACAUGCUUCUGAGAGAGCAGCAUUGGGCAUUAAUUCAUUUGGCAAUUACAGCAUUUGGAUAUUUUGCUGCCCGCACUUCUUGCAAUCAACUCUGGAGAUUUGUGCCCCAGACUGCAGCUCUUUCAUUUGAUUUAGUGUCAGGAAACGACGCAAACGUAGAGAGAUUUAUGUCUGAAUUGAAGGCAUUUCUUGAGAAGGAAAUGGCUCUUCUUACAAUUACACCAAGUUCAGAGCAGCUUGGGCUGCUUGCAAGGGAAGGUUUGAUGCUAAAAGAAACAGUUCGAAAGAUUUCAGGAAUUGAUGUAGAGGCUGUGGGGUGUCAAAGCAUGGAGAUUGAUGAAGAAAAUCAAUCCAACAAGAAAAGGAAACUUCCUGACGGAAUUAGUGAGGGAGUGGAAUUGCUGCAGAGUGGUUUAAAGGUUAUUGGUGACGGUCUUUCCCGGUGGCAGCAAAAUCACGAUGCCAGCGAACUAAAUGACAAGUUCUUGACUCACAUUUCUCACCUUGAAGAUGCAAUUGCUCAAUUAGUGGGCCUGGCUGGUAGUGGUUAAAUUCUCGCUACAGCCCUCUGCUGGAAAAUAAUCGAUUGCGGCUUAGUAACCAAGGUAUGUCCUUGAUUCAAAUUUGUAUAGUAAUUGAAGGAGUGGAUACAACUGAAUCGAGAACUAAGCUGGAAAUAGUAUUUUCUAUGUGAUGAAUCAGAGCUGUCACGACUUUUGAGGCAUGCUUUAGGUGUCUUAUCAAUCAGCUUGCCGUUGUACACUGAGAUUUUGUCGUAUGUAAAUAUGGUCUUGAAUAUUUUAGUUAUAUUUGCUUUUAGUUUUAUUGGUGCUAGAGUUCCACCCAUGAUAGAAUCACAUAUAAACUAAUAACAAUAAAAAUAAAUGAUUAACAUAA